GUGCGAAUCGGAGCAAAAGGCAUGUACGGACGAAAAGAUGCUUGGCGCCGCAUUUCUACCCCUCUGGGGGAACGAGCAUAUGGCAAACAACCUAGGGAAGGUACUCUCCGGCUGCCUAUCGCAUCACACGUAGGUCGUUCCUGCCUAACUCUGACAACAACAACACCUCCCCAACCUCAGCGCGCGCGAAAGGUUUGUGACUCCCCCUGCUCCGCUUGCCCUCUUCCAAACUUUGCUGCGUACACGCUCAACUCAAUCUUUCAAUUGCUUCGCUAUGGAUUCGAGUGCAUCAGAAGACGAUGAUAAUUGUCUCUCUUGCAAGGUGUGCCGCUUUCGAGGAGGUCUCGGUCUUCCCACCCCAACGUUCGUGGAUCUUGACGACCUGCGCUUCCGAUCGAAGGCUUUCGUGGUUCAGAUCUUCAGAAACUGGAUUCUCCUCAACAAGAUCCUCAAGCGCUUCGAGGCACAGAUCCAGAAGAGAUGGACAAAGAAGAACAACAACCAGAGACUGUCAAUCCUCCUACAAGCCUGGCCACGCAUGGCAGCAACCCAUCGCCCAGAAUUUGCGACUUUACGCAAGAUUGGCGUCAGCAAUAACAAGCGACUUCCUGACCAAGCUAGAGAGAAGGAGGCCUAUCUUUGGCCAUACGUCAACCAAGAAGAUCUAACGCAACCCCACAAUCUUCUGAUUUUCCUCAACUCUCGCGGACGUCAUCACCCCGACAAAUUCAUCUUUGGCGACCAGCAACAAGCAAAUACUGGCAAGCAACCCGGUAUGGGCGAAGUCGACAAGUACAAGAUGUCACUUCACGGUCAGCGAUCGCCGAGAUCUUAUGGUUCGCUCGUCCUUCGCCACACGGGAAACAGAAUUGAGGAAGAACUGAGAAUGGAGCCUGCUGUCGGUCUUCAGGUGCUCGAGGUACAGGAUCGUGUUCUUGACUUUCUCGUCAAGUGUUGCCGACUCGUUCUGCAUGACAAGAAUCUCGAUCAACUGGACCUCAUCGAGACAAAGCCCGCUCCACCUCCGAUCCAGAUCAAAUCCGCCUUGCACGAACACACCGUCACGACCAUGGCUGAGAUUGCGCCAUAUCGUCUACCGCAAAAGCUCGACAUGGAGAGGUUGAGACAGCUCAUCUCGGCAAGGCGUGACGAAGCGGAAGAGCACGUCUGGGCUCUACGCGAAGACCCCGGCUACUUUGCACAAACCAUGAGAGAAUGGUCUGAACAUUCACCUUUGAUGAUUCCCGACAAGUUCAAGAGACGUCAUGAGAUGGUAGGUGGGUCUGCGUUCUGGGACAAGGUGGCAACAAGCAUGGUUUUCCAUGCUUAUAGCACCCUGAUCUUCCUUGUUACUGCUGACGAGGCUGUUACCUUGGCACAAGAAAGGCUCGAUAGCUGUCGUCACAAUCUGGAAUCAUCGUGUAGUUUACCGCCAGACGUCGAGAGAGUCUUCCAGAGGCUUGACUAUAUCGUUCAAGUUCUGUCUGAUGAACCUAUGGGCGAUUUGAUGCUUGGAUUUCCUGCUUCGCCACCAAUGCGGUUCGGCUAUGAGCGAGUGGCAGCAGACUCUAGCCCCUCGUUCCAUUCUCUCAACGUUAAGAUGGGUAGAAACAGUGAAGCAUGGAGAGUUCAGGUCCUUUUCCGAACUUUGCUUAGUUCCGAGCAGCAAAAGAAGCAUGGCCUGAACAACACGGUCGAGGAGAUCCAGAGAAUGUUGGACGAACACAGCAGGGACAGCGAUCUAAUUUCCAAUUGGGUGGCUAGCAGGUUUUCUGACCUUGCGCUAAUGUCGGAAGUCAGAAGACAGCUCGGCCUGUACCAGCCAUACUGUACUGCGUGGAGAAGUCAGUGUCUCAUCGAGGAUGAUGCGCCCUUUUUUUUCAACAUGGUCGAAUGCGUACACGAUUUCACUUCGUGCGCUGUCCUUGACGCAGCCGAUCCUGCCAGAUUUACGUAUCCCUCCGACAAACGUCGAACCCGAGAGACUGUCAAGCAGAUGCGACUUGCUGAAAAGCGGAUUGAUAAGUUCUGGGCUACCGUUGACAACCAUUGCGAAGCACACACGUCUUACUCGGUCCUCUUUUUGCUGAUGGACUUCUUCAAGGAUUGGAAUCGGAAGAUUCACCGAACCAAGCCCUGGAUUGAGCCAGAGGCUAGUGGUUGCAAAUCAGAUCAACACCUAGAGAACGACAAGGAUGAGGAAAUUGGGCUACCCAUGCACGUCUAUCAUUCCAAUGCGAUCUGCUCUCAUACCAAGAAGAGUGAGCUGCUGGGAAAUGUCAAUCCUGGCAGAGCCAAAGCCAAGACCAGACCUGAUGAGCCCGUAGCUUCUGCAGCGCAGGAGACACGUAGAGAUUCGGCCACAAGUGUCGAAGAAAGGGACACGGUCGAUAUCAAGAAGAUCAAGGUCGACGGACGAGCUUUCAAGGUGUUUGCCACGAUGUUUCAUGUACCUUCUGUCAAGGAACAACACAAUACUGGCGAGGUGGCAUGGACCGAUUUUCUGCACGCGAUGGAGAACAUUGGUUUCUCUGCCGAGAAGCUGUAUGGCUCUAGUUGGCAGUUCACACCCAAGACGAUCGAUGUUCAUAGGAGCAUCCAGUUCCACGAGCCACACCCUCGCGCCAAGAUGUGGUUCUGGCUUUCGAAGGAGUAUGGACGCAGACUGAACAGGUACGUCGUCCCUUUAUAACUCACGGUUGCCUCGCUGACAAGGAUGACAGAGCUUUCGGUUGGACUGGUGAAACGUUUGACCUCAAGUGAGUAAGUAGAGGUCUGACCAGUCACGCUGACGAGUCCCAUGUCGAUCAAGUGAGUAUCCUUCGUACAGCAUGUUCGUUCCGGGUACAUGUAGAGCAGGUGAAAAGACGGGAAGAUAGGCAUGGACGUUUUGUGGCAGCGUUGUCGGUCCAAAGGAGAUGGCUCAAAAUGAGGAGGUCUGGGGAAGAGCUACACUCACUUGAGCUCGCAUACUACAGUGCUUGGCCAAGACGAAGCUGUUCGUCAUCAUGGGUGGAAGACAUAAGUACAAGGCAGCAGUUUGAUCUGAUUCUUGUUACACGAGAAAACAAUGAGACACGAC